GAUUCUAAGCGCUAAGCUAUACAAUUAGGUUUACAUCAGAUCCAAUCAUAGUGAAGGUCCUUAGUGUCCCUUUUAGUCCUUAAUUUUCAUUAUCCUUCAAAAAUUUUGAAAUUUCAUAACUUUAUUACACCUGUUGAACACACUAGUAUUUUUCAACUUAUAAAACAUAUGAAUGUAAAAAUUCCACCAUUACCGAUAUUAUUAACCAUCGGCAGAAAUGCCAACUGCCACAUAAUUAACCUAUUUAGAUAUUAUACAAAAAUUUUAUAAAUUAGCAAGUAAAAUUCCCGUAUUGCUGACAUAACAGAUUUUAAUAAAUCCAUACAAGAAAACUUUUCGAUUUUACAAUGUCAAAGAUUUCGUUAAAGUCAUCAAGAUCCAGGGCAUCUAUAAGAUCUCAACUGCGUCGCGGAAAAAAGAAGGAGGAGAAUAUCAAUGUUGGUUUUAAGCCAGUUAAUUUUUGUUGCACGAAGGAUGAUUAUGAUUUUAUGACGAAGUAUAAUCAACGCAAUCCACCUUUCAAGUCAUCAAUGACAGGAAUAAGUCAUGCAACUCAUGGUUGUCCAGGAUUAAAAGUUCGUUUAGAUUCAAUUAAAGCUCGAAUGUGGUCAACAAAAAGAAAAAGUUCAAAAACUAAAACCGGAACCAUACCGAAUGUUGCUGCCGGAAGUCCCAGUAUUUCGUUAACUGGUCCAUUGCUUUGGUAUCACGAGGAUGAAAUUGCAAUUGCGAAAAAUACGAUACUAGAUGAAAAGCAAAGAACAUUUGUGGAAAUAGGAAACAAAAAUGCUACUAUAGGAGAAAAAAAAGCGAAGGCUCUACUGCAACGGGUGCAAAAUCUUGGUAUUCCACGUUGGUACCAAGAUUUGUCUACCGCCCAGAUGCAAAGUGUAAUGGCUCUUGAAGAUAUCAUUAUUAGUGACUACGAGGAGAGAAUUACAGAUCGUACACAAAAAGCCUUAUCCACGAUUGGGAUCACUUCUACCUUCGUAGAAAUAUCUCCUUCUACAAUUAGACAUUUACAGUCUCUGACGAAACUCGAUCCAAUUGAUUUUCUUCGGGAGAUUUAUAAGAGAGUUACAGGGAAUUACUUUGAAAAAGAACAAUACAAAAAGGAAUAUGAUUGCAACGAGAGAAUCAUCUUGUCAGCCAUUGCGUUUCUGGCAUUACCAGAAACUGUAACAGAAUUGAAUAAACGAUUACCUCCAGUACAAAUGCCACGGAUUCCACCAAAACCCAAACCACCAAUUACAAAAUUAAGACGUAAUUGUAUUUCGCCAUACAGCGAGAACCUUUUUAUGCGACCGAAUUGGAAGGCAUAUCGGAACAAGCUCAUCAAAUGGCGUAAAACAUGCAAACUGAUUCCAAUACCCAGAAUAAUAAUGCCACCACCCAAGAAAGAUUAUUUAACAAGAAAAGAAAGUGCAUUCAUAGCAGAGCAGGGAUAUAAAUCUCAUGAAAAUCCUUCACAAAAAACCACAUUCAAAGUUGAUCAUAAAAAACAAGAAAUUAAUACAGUAGAAAGUAAAAAACAAAACAUAAAUAUCUUGCCAAUGUUAUCGGAAUGUGAAAAGAAACCAAUUGGUCAAAAAUUAAUGAACAUUAAUAAUUUUGAUUCAACGAUAAAAGACAAAUUUGAAUUCGCAAUUUCUGGUCUUGGCGGAAAUCCAGGUUCUGUGGAAUAUACAAUCAGUGGCACCUUAAACACUCCAGAUCAAAAAAAGAGAUCCUGGCUGGGAGAGAAAGAUACUCAUUACGUACUGUCAGGAGUUUUUGAAAAUGAAGAUCCUCCAGAAUUUCCGGUAUCAUUCGUGAUGAACGGAAUAGCAAACGUGACGCCAACUGACAGCGAUGACAAAUUCCUCACUGAGCUAAAACUUGGCAAUGGUCCAAAAAAAAUUUACCCCAGCGGCAGACAGAAUUUGUCUAGGAACUGGCAGGAGUGGCUGCAGAAUGUUGAUGAGGAAUUUCUUAAAAUUGAGAAAGAAGCAAGCAAAUUAAUAAAAAGUGUUGAAGCAACAAUGAGACUAGUAAUACCAGAACCAACAUGCGACAGUUGCUGUUCCUGCAGACAAACCAGAAAAUCACAUAUGAAGUGGCAUCAGACUAAAACCCCUUACAUGGUCAUAGAUUCGAUAGCAGAAGACAGCAAUGAGAAAAAAUACAUCGUAGGUUCAAUGGCAAUGCAUUCACCAGCUCCAAGCCCAUGUAUGUCUAAUAUAAAUUUACUUGAAGUCAUUGCCUCACGGGAUAAUAUGAGCAAGCAACUGAUCAUUAAUGGAAUCACAAAUGAAAAUGGAGAAACGACAUUUUACAUCUCUGGAGUGACGCAAGAUAUUGAACACAUUCCACAUCAAACCAUUACUAAAACAUCAGCUCCAAAGACAUUGAAAAAUAUUCCACCAUGUGCUUGUACCAUUCAUCAAAUGUUUAAUGAGGAUAUAACGCCGAGAGAAAGUACGGAUGACAUCGCAUGGACGAAGAAGGAUGAAUUGUGUUUUGGAAAAAAAUACAGAUCCCAAGAACCGUCUGCAUAUUCAUGCAAGGAGUCACCAAAGGAUAGAUGUUGCAGAAGAAAUCCCUUUAAUAAUGCUGUUAAGCAACUUAAAAGAAAGCACGGAAAGCUGAAUGAAGCGGAUGAUGUUCCACAUAAGAAGAUGUACAGUCUAUCGGCUUUUCAGCCUUGUGGAGAUGAAGAUGGAAUGGCUAUUUGUCGUGGACCUUGGGGUGCUGUUAAUAUACCAGAUCCUGAAGAGUUGGCAGCCAGAGAAGAGGAAGCUCGUCAAAUAUUGAAAGCUCCUCCGUGUGGGGAGAAACCAGGCCGUUCCGUUUGUGGUGCACCCUGGGGCACCAUAGUCCCCACUCCAAAACGUGCACAGGAUGAAAAUGAAGAUGAAGAAGAUGAAGAAGAAGCAGAGGAGGAUGAAACAGGCACUAGUAAGAAAAAGACACUGCAGGAAACCAAUAUGAACAAGAAUGAUGAGAAGAAAAAGAACGUAAAUCGUGACAAGUUUUGUGAAAUGAAUUUAGACUGGUUAAAGGAUUCAGUGCCUGAGACUGGUGAAAAAGAAACUGAUAAGAGAAAGGACGAGACGGUUUGUCAAUCUGAUAAUCAGUGGAAUUUGUUCCGUACUGCUCCAACGGUGGAAGAGACUUUUGACGAGUAUGAGAAAACGCUGAAACUUACACCUGCUAAUCCUUCAAGUUUUUCAAAAACUUAUGCGCGUAAGGAAACUAAAGAAAGAGGCGAGAUCUUUGCAAGUAAACAAAAUUAUUUAGACACAAAGGUGAACGUAAAAAACAAACUCAAACAACAUAACAAUAAGGAAAAGGGAAAGAAAUAUAAGUUUCACGAUGUGGAACAUCAAGAUAAAGUAAAACAAAGAAAAAAUAAUAAAAUCUUUAAAAUGAUGGAGAACACAAAGUUAAAAUAUAAAAAUAAUAUUAAUACUAGUAAGAUAAGGGAAACAACUAAUAUAGGAAAAAAUAACAUCAACGAAUCAUAUCAAAAAUCGCACCAAGAAAAAAGUGUAAAAUCCAAUCUAAACGGUAAAAAAACGUUUGAUGUAACAAAAAUGAAAAAUAAACGCUCGAAAGAAGAUACCAAAAAAUUACCCAAAUAUACAAAUGGCACAAACGGGCAUGGUGUGAAAAACAAAUUAUUGGGGAAUAAAACAUUACACGACAAAUUACUCAAUACAACCCGUAAACAGUCAUCAUCGAAUACCAAUAAAAUUCAAAAAUUGGAUAUAAAUGAAAAACUCGAAAAGAUAAAGGAAAUUAAGGAUGAGUCAAAUAAAAUAUUACAGUCUUUAGAAAAAUUCAACAUACAGCCAGCCAUUAUUUCAGAGGUACCCAAAAUGUGUAAAAUAAAUUCCAACAGUUAUGAUAAAUUAUUUCAAUCCUUGCACACUGACAACUGUUCAUUGAAUGACAAAAAAAUUAGUGAAAGUAAAUUGAUCAAGGAAGGACCAUUUGGCUGGAAAACAAAAUCAGAACAAGAAUUACCAGCUGAAAAAACGUUGGUAUAUCUUGCCGAGCCAAGUUAUCCAAUGCAGACAAUACCAUUGCGACCAGGAGGAAAACCCUGUCGUUGUCGCGAAAAUCGUAUGAAAAAGAAAAUAUUGCUAUACAAUAUAGGUGGAUUGAUCAAUCAAGAAGGAAAUAAGAAAAAACAACAAAUAACUCAGCUUAUAGAAGGUGUAACGUACGUUACACCUCCACUAAGUCCGAGAAUCAGUGACGAAUAUGUGCCAGAAUAUGAAUUGUAUAAAUCACCAUAUGAAAUGUGUGCUAGAGAGAAAAUUGACAAUACUUUUAAAUAUGUAGAACAGUUUUCAGGACCAAAAAGUUUGUUACCUAAAAAGGCCAAAAAUAUAAAAUCAUGCAAUUUUGGCAAUGAAAAGUUGGUUAUUAUAAAACAGGAUAGUACCACUGAAGAAAGUGUACCCAUCAAUCAAUAUAUAACAACUGAAAAUAGUAAAGAAAAGAAAUCAACAGAGUCUAAAGAAUCGAAGGAAUGGUCGAAUACACUUAAAGAUGAAGGAUUAAUAGAUUAUUUUGUACAGUCCGGAGACAAUUUACCUUGCUGGUUAAAAUGUGCCAAAUUCGCAAAGAAUCAUUGUCGUGCGACGCCAAGAAAACUUCAAAUAAUGAAACCAGUUUGCGAGUGUAAAUACGAAAGAAAAGUUUUGAAAAAAGAAGAAGAAAAAAAAAAGAGAAUAGAACGUCAGAAACGCCUGAAAACCUGCAAGAAGCAGCCAUUUACGCAUAUCGUGGAAACAUCUAGACCAAUGGCGGUUGAUACUAAACUUAUGAUUUCUGAUAUCAAGAGAAUCCCAAAGGAAGAUGAAUAUUCGGAUGAAGUGAAAUAUUGCAUAACAGGAGUAGCAGAAAAUUAUUCAAUGGGUCCUGUUCGUUAUGUUGUAUCGGGAGUAACAAUGCAUACACCGGUUAUUACACCUGCGCCGAGUAAAGAAGAAAUACCAUGUAUUUGCACCCACAGGCAUUGGUCUCCGAUGAAUAUUACACCUGGCCCGUUGCCAACUAACAGGGUAAUGAAAAUGAAAAAACAGGGAAUGAAAAUUAUUGACAAUAAUAAUGAGUUAGAAAAUCGUGCAUGUAGCAUUGAGAAUAAAAGAUACGAGAAUAAUGUAAACAAUAAUUAUUUUGAGAAAAGUCAAUUCUCUCAUGAAAAGGAUAGAGACGUAACAGGAAAAUUGAGAAGUGCUAACUUGUCACCCAAAUUGUUAAAAAAAUUUGAAGAUAUGGGACACCUUACAUCAACAAUCAAUGGUGCGAAGUAUAAAUCUGAGAUUAAACGAGAAAACAUAAACGUGGUGAAUAAAGAAUUUCAUGCGCCGAAUAAAACUACUAACAAAAUUUUGGAUGAUACAUUGUUAUCGCCAUUUGAAGAACAUUUAGAUAGAACGAAUAUCGAUAAAUUCAAAGAUAACACUAAAGUGCACAAGACACUUGGAAGAAACUUAACUCAAAAGAAAAGUAACAAAUUCGAAAAUAAUAAUAUUAUCGACAAAAAGAAGGAUUUAAUGACAAUAAUGCACGAAGAGCUGAAAAAAAUGGCCAAUGAAGGAUUUCCUUUGGCUAAAUUACCCGCUUGUCAUUUGAUGCCUCAGCUACAAUUUUUUAUAAUGUAUAGAAAGGGAGUCGCUUACUCGGAAUACGAUAAAAAACUAAUAAUGGACUCCUCUAUUCAAUCAUGGAAUAUGAUGACAAUAACGCCAUUUAAAAAAUUAACGAAGCCAACACUUGGCAUUUCAAAUGAGAAAUUAAAAAACCUAACAUAUGAUAAUGCCACUCAAAUGAAUACUAAAAUCGCACAAGUAAAAGCUCUGUGGUUGAGCGAGCUUCGAAAAUCACGAGUUUUGAAAACUCGUUUUCUAUGGAGUUCUAUGGAAUUUGGUAGAUUUCCCAACAUGUCAUUUAAACAAGCAUAUUUCACAUACUUACCUGCUAAAGAAGCUGAUGGACACGUUUUUCGGCCUUGGAAAACAUCAGAAAUGCUUCACCAAAUGUAAAGUAUGUAUACGGCUAUGUACGGCUAUGGAAGGGAUAUAUAUGAUAUGGACUAUGAUUUAUUUAUUUCAAUAUCUUCUAGUAUUUGGUGUUUUUAUGACGCGCAACGAGCGGAAGGGACAUUGUAUAAACUCGAGAAAUUUGACAUUUUAUACUCGAGGGCUAAAAAGAAUAUUUCAUCUAAUCGAAGAAUGUCCGCUUUUUUUUUCUACA